AUGCCGGCGCGGCGAAUGGAAGCCACCACUCUCCGAGGGCCGAGCCACCUCGCCACCGCCGCCCACAGCCGGAGCAACAACUACGCCGGGCCGAUGCCCCAACCCGCUCCGCCUGCCAGAAAACACCAGAUUCGGCCGGCAUGCACCGCCACCAAGCCGCUGAAGCGCCGGUCACCUCACUGCCAGCACUGCCGCCCGACGCCCAGGAACGCCAGGCCGAGGUGCCCUCAGCCCGCGUCGCUCGCCUGCCACCGACCAGAGAGGUCGCCCGAGCCAGAUCUGGGCCGGGGAUACCCACCGCCGCCACCACGCGUGGGGCACGCCCUGCUGCACCCCGACGUGCAGCUGCCCACGCUACCGCACCAGGACGGCCCCGACCGGCCACCCCUACCGCCGACGCACCACGCCGCCCUGCAGAGCCGCACACCUCCGCACGAUGCAGCUGCCCCGCGCCAGCCCACCGUGAGGACUGGGAAAGAGGCCCCGCCGCCACCAACGCCGGCCGGGCCGACUGCAGCAAGGGAGGAGGAGGGAAGGGGGGUAGGGGCCGGAGGCGCUAGGGUUCGUCUCCCCGCUCGCGGGAGCGGGCGAGACGAAGGGGUUUCCGACAACCAUCUGGGCCGAUAUUACCACUCGUAA